AUGGCGGGUCAUCAUCGUCAAACACGUACUAAUUCUUCAAAUUCAGUUUCUUCGUCCAAUGUGGUGGGAGUACACUACAAAGUCGGUAGAAAGAUUGGCGAAGGAAGUUUUGGUAUUAUAUAUGAAGGAAUUAAUCUAAUGAACAAUCAGCAAGUGGCUAUUAAAUUCGAAUCUCGAAAGUCAGAUGCACCUCAGUUAAGAGAUGAAUAUAGAACAUACAAAGUUUUAGCAGGCAUAAGUGGCAUACCUACAGCAUAUUAUUUUGGUCAGGAAGGUCUCCAUAGUAUACUAGUCAUAGAUAUCCUUGGUCCUAGUCUGGAAGAUUUGUUCGAUAUGUGUUCCCGCAAGUUUUCUAUUAAAACUGUAGCGAUGCUUGCUAAACAAAUGAUAACCCGUGUCCAAUCCAUCCAUGAACGUAAUCUUAUUUAUCGUGAUAUCAAGCCGGACAAUUUUUUAAUUGGACGUCCAAACACAAAAUAUGCCAAUACCAUUUAUUUGAUUGAUUUUGGUAUGGCCAAACUCUACCGCGAUCCCAAGUCCAAACAACAUAUUCCUUAUCGCGAAAGAAAGAGUUUAUCUGGAACUGCCCGUUACAUGAGUAUCAAUACUCAUCUAGGAAGAGAGCAAUCCAGACGUGAUGAUUUGGAAUCUCUGGGCCAUGUAUUCAUGUAUUUUUUGAGAGGUUCUUUACCAUGGCAAGGAUUAAAAGCUGCAACAAACAAACAAAAAUAUGAACGGAUUGGUGAAAAAAAACAAUCCACUUCAGUCAAGGAUUUAUGUGAAGGUUUCCCAGACGAAUUUGGGACUUAUUUGCAAUAUGCUCGUAGACUUGAUUUUGAAGAGAAUCCCAACUAUGAAUACAUGAAGGGUUUAUUUGAUAAUGUUCUUAACACAUUAGGCGAGUCAGACGAUGGUGUCUAUGAUUGGAUGUUAUUAAAUGAUGGAAAGGGAUGGGAAUAUCGAUCCAACUUUUACCGUAAUCCUAAUAAUAGACAUACUGCGGUUGCAGGUUUUAAUAACGCAGUUGCAGCUGAUAGACCUACAAGACAAAAUUCUAGCACCACAAAGCAAUUGCAACAGCAACAACAGCAGCAACAGCAACGUCGCUUAUCAAAUAAAAGAUAUAGCAACCAACAAAACAUGUAUAGAUCAGCCCAGCCGAUGUUAAGCGACGCGGCUAUAGUUAAUUAUCGUACGAUGGAUUCAUCCCAUCCAUUAUUACUACAACAACAACAACAAGAUUUGAAUUCUUCUCAAAAGCGCGGAUUUUUAUCCAAGUGUUUUUCAACCAUAACCUGUGGCAUAUGUUCGUGUUUAUAAUAACAUGAUGCAAUAUUUUGAUACCUCUAUUAUUUAACUAAAAAAAAUACAAUAUAUAUACGCUAGUCGCAAUGGCUCCCCUUUUUCUUUUCUUUUUUUUUAAAAAAAACAUCUUGCAACACUUACGCAUGUGUUUAUUUAUUUACAGACAAACUCAAAUAUAAAAUGAUCAACAAGGCUAUUAUGCUAUUACCUAA